GCUACAGUCAGUUCCGGCGAGCACGAGAGCGGAGUUUAUCGGAUUUGUGCGCUUGUUAUAGAAAUGGAAUCAGCGAUGAAGAAGGAAGCCGAGAGUGUGUGUGUGCUCUGCUGCCAGGACAUCGACAUCUUCGCGGUGGGGAAGUGCGACCACCCGGUGUGUUACCGGUGUUCCACGAAGAUGCGCGUGCUGUGCGAGCAGAAAUACUGCGCCGUCUGCCGGGUGGAGCUGGACAAGGUUAUAUUUGUUCGCAAGCUUCAGCCCUUCGCCGCUCUCGCUCAGCAAGAUUACCAGUCCGAGAAGAAAUACGACUUCUGCUUCGCUGACGGGAAGAUCUUUGCACAGUUCAGAAAGAUUCUACUGUCCGAAUGUCCGCGAUGUCCGGAGCCCAAGGUCUUCUCCAAAUUCGAGGAGUUGGAGCAGCAUAUGCGGAAGCAGCAUGAGCUCUUCUCCUGCAAAUUAUGCGCAAAGCACUUAAAGGUUUUCUCCUAUGAGAGGAAGUGGUACAACCGUAAAGAACUGGCUCGACAUCGGAUACAGGGCGACCCGGACGACACGUCUCACCGCGGACAUCCGCUGUGUAAAUUCUGCGACUGCCGGUUUCUGGAUAACGACGAACUGCUUAAGCAUUUGCGGCGGGACCACUACUUUUGUCAUUUCUGUGAUGCGGAUGGAGCGCAAGAAUACUACAGUGACUACCACUUUCUCAGCGAGCACUUCAGAGAAAGCCAUUUCCUGUGCGAGGAAGGUCGCUGCAGUACAGAGCAGUUCACACACGCCUUUCGGACUGAGAUCGACUACAAGGCCCACAAAGCGGCCGAGCACAGUAAGAGCCGGGCCGAGGCGCGACAAAACCGGCAGAUCGACAUACAGUUUAAGUACGCUCCACGCCAGCAGAGACGGAAUGACGGUUUUGUGGGUGGUGACGAUUACGAGGAAGCUGAUCGCUUCAACAGACAAGGGCACUCAGGAAGAGGACGACCUCAGGGGGGGCACCAGAACGUAAGAAGCUGGAGGUACAACAGAGAGGAAGAAGACCGGGACCUGGCCGCAGCGAUUCAGGCCUCACAGGCCGCCCAGCGACAGGCAGAAAGAGGACAAGUUAAUGAGAGAGGUGGACAAAAACCACGCAAAGAAGAGACAGCGGAUGGCGAUGAGUUAAGAGGCAGCCGAGUUGCCGUUAAACCUCCUGGUGACAUGCAAGGUCGAUCAACAAAAAAUAACGUCCCGCUGAAGGGUGAAGACUUCCCGGUAUUACGAGCUGGUGCAGCUCCACCACCAACGCAACCACCACAACCUAUUAUUAGCAUGGUAAAACCCACGCCUGUCUCUCUGAAAGAGGAUGACUUCCCCAGCCUGGUACAUUCCGGUACAAUGAGUUCAGCACCAAUGACCCCAGCAUACGUGGCUCAAACAAGAAAGCCUUCAUCCUUCCAAGAGGAGGACUUCCCAGCACUCGUCUCCAGGAUCAGACCUCAUAAGCCUCAAGAGAAUAAGCAAUCUGCUUGGUCGCAAGUAGGAAGUAAAUCUGGUGCGCUCAAUAAUAAUAAUAAUAAGCCUGUCGUUCUGCCAACGAGGGUUCACUCGAGCAGCGCUGCGCCCGCAUUUUCCGCUAGCGACCCGCCACCCUCCUCGACCGUUUCUCAAGCUCAAGCAUCUCGUAGCAAAAAGAAGCUUACCUCUUCUUCGGGCACUAAAACCACAUCCAAAGUCAAAUCCCCAGUCUCAUCCGAUGACGAGGACCCCCGGGCUGCCAAAAUGGUUCAGGAGGUCCGUGCCGUCCCCACCAUGUUGGACAUCUCAUCUCUGCUCACGGUGAAAAAUGGCUCGUCGCAGCCCGCUAACAAGAAUGGUAAGAAGAAGAGACAGCCUUCAGCCACACCUUCUACUACAUCUGCACAUAACAUAGAAUCGGUCAUCACCGCUCACAAAGAAAACGUCCCCGAGACCAUGCCCCCUGACACUAAAGGCACUGUAAUUCCCAAAUCAAAUACGUUUAUAAACGGAUAUAAGGAAAGAUCUAAGGAAACCAAGCACACCAUCGUUCCUGAAGAGCCUCCUGCUGCCAAAAAGCAGCCCAUCUCGGAAUCGCCCGUUGUGCCUGAAGAAGAGGAUUUCCCAGCUCUUAUUGCUAAGAAACCUCCACCUGGUUUUAAGAGCACGUUUUCAGUGACGAACAUUCAGCCAGCGCUGCCUCCACCCCCUCCUGGUCUUGCGCCUGUGAUCAGCAAGCCUCCUCCAGGAUUCACCGGCGUCCCGCUUAACAGUAAUGUAGCAGAAUGUACACUGCCCGUCUUUAACAGACCAGCAUCCACACUUGGAACUUAUCACAUGCCUGAAAACUUCAAGCAGAGGAACAUGGACCUCAUUCAGUCAAUACAGAACUAUCUCCAGAACGAUGAAUCCAAAUUCAACGAAUUUAAAAAUUAUUCAGGCCAGUUCAGACAGGGUUUAAUUUCUGCUGCCCAGUACCACACAAGCUGCCACGAGCUUCUGGGAGAGAACUUCAGUAGGGUCUUCAACGAGUUGCUGGUUCUACUUCCAGACACACAAAAACAGCAGGAGCUUCUCACUGCCCAUGCAGACUUUAAAGCCAUGGAGAAAACUCAGCCAGGCUCCAAAGGCAAAAAGAACAAAAAGAAAGCCUGGCAAACGGGUAACAACAACCUAGAUUUGGACUGCCAGGUGUGUCCUACCUGCAAGCAGGUAUUGUCCCCUAAAGACUUCAACGCUCAUAAGACCCUGCAUAUCGGUGAAGACGACUUCCCGUCUCUCCAGGCUAUUAGCAAGAUCAUCAGUUAACCACCAAGAACAUGGGUACGACUCCGACAGACGGAGAGAUGUUCAAGGCCACGAGGGAUCAUCAGUCACUCAGCGCUGUAGAGUGUCCAAGACCAAGGGUGUCCAAGUCCUGUAUUGGAGUCCAGUGGAGUUUGGUGACUUCCUGGUUCUGGGAUGAUAGUUAAUUAUUCGUUAAACACCCAUUAGCAUUCCUGGACUGGAUUUGAACACCCCUGGGUUACAGCAUUUGAAAUACCUUUUUUUUCUUUUCUUUUUUCUAAGAUCUCAAAAAAAAAAAAAAAAAAAGUCCCAACACAAGGUGAGAUUGAAAUGGUUUUGAGGAAAAAUCUUUUCGUUGGUGUAUUCAUCAUUAUUGUUCUUGUAUAAUACAGUUUCACGUCUCUGUAGUUCUGGGUGACGUUUUCCUCAGUUAUUAUACCUUCAUGAUUUAGACAUGGUGACUUUCUAAUUCUAGUUCUAGUUCAUCGAACCUUCCUCCAGCAUUUAUACACAGCGGUACCUCGGCAUGCAAGUUUAAUCCGUUCCAGAGGCGAGUCCUUGAGGUGAAAUUUUGUAUAGUGAAACACGUUUUCCCAUGGAAGAUAAUGUAAAUACAGAUAAUUCGUCCCAGCCACCCCAAAACAUAUUGCAAAUAUUACCAAUUUCCAAGACAAUAAUCAUUAUUUCUGCAUAUAAAAACAAUCAAAACAUUAAAAAAGGACAUGUAAAUGAAGUAAAAUAUGAAAUAGACACUGAACCUCACUUAAUCUUAAUUUAUGAUUUUUCUUCGCACCGGCUGCUUUAAAAAUCAACCAAGCCGCUCUGUUUUAUCCUGGCUGAUGUGCUUCAUGACAUCCUUGAAAAAUUUCUUGGGGGCCAAAUUGCUUGCAUGAGGUCCGUAUGCCUGGGUACCACUGUAUAUUAUAUAUAUAUAUAUACACACACACACAACUGCAGAGUCAGCCAAUUAAAUGUAUACACACAUCAGAAAAAGAAAAACUUGUAUAAAUUUUUACAUUCUAAAUUUAUUCCCAUGUUUGAUUUAGAUAAAAUAAUAUUAUUAAUAUUCUAUUAAUAUAAUGUCAUAAUAUUUUUUUUCUUCUCCUGAAGUGUAUUAUUUUUUUGGCUGGUUCUAUAAUUCAUAUACAGACUACAACGUGGGCCAAAUGUCUCCAUACAUUUUGGGAAAUUAACAAUAUAUUUAUUCACUUAUUUUCCAUAUGAUGGACGGGGUGUCCAGCUGAUGUGUGAAAAUGAUUCCUCGUGCUCCAGCAGCCACUCUUUUACACUCUUAAUGCCUGGAAUAUGUCCGUGCCAUCAGGAAAGGAAAAAAACCCUCCAUAGAUGUGAUACUCUGUGAUUCAGUACAUUCAGAUGGUCAGCUGACUUAAUUUUAUUGCCCCAUAACGUUGCUGAGUCUAGACCUGAGUGACUGAUCAACCCCAGAUCAUAACACUGUCUCCAGAGGCUUGUACAGUAAACACUAUGCAUGAUGGGAGCAUCGCUACAUGCGCUUUCCUUCUUAUCCUGACAUGCCCAUCACUCUGAGAUAGGGUCAGUCAGGUCACAUGACCUUUCUCCAUCACUCCAACGUCUAAUCUAACCCGAGCAAACUAAAGCCUUUUUUCUGAUGAGUCUCACCAACAAGUGGUUUUCUUAUGGAAAACGCAGCUGUUUAGUCCCAAACCCUUGAGUUCUCAUCACAUGCGUGUAUGGAAAUGCUUUUCUUAAAAAGUCUUUAAGAGAUAUCAGAUCAUUUUUCCCCACCUGCAUUUCUUCUGUGAACUCGACAGUUCAGCAUUGUCCUUCCAUGUGCGGGACACUUCAUGACCAAGUUCCAGUCUUUUCUUCGUAGUUUUUUUUUUUUGCUUGAUGCAGGAAAAUAAUAAUAAUAAUAAUAAUAAUAAUAAUAAUUCAACCCUUCUUAAAUAUGUAAUCAGUUAAUUUCCUGUGUUUGAAGACCCUUUGGGACUCCCUGUACUUUCUCCAUUUCCUAACACGCUACACAGUCACUGUGACACCUCAGCACUUGUUUUAGCUUUCAUCAUUAUUUAUUUAGGACUUAUUAUUAUUUAAGGAGGAUAUCUUAAAAAUGCUUUUAGGAUUGUGUACCCGAGUAUGCACAAAAUUCAAUUUUUCGUUAAUCUUUUUUUUUUUUUUUUUUUUUUUUUUGUAUUCAACCAUCAGCCUUCUUGCAAUAAUUUAGCCGGAGCCAAAUGAGGUACCGACUUCUGGAGUUAAACAUGAGAAUAAGUGCACAUUCAUUAUUUCGACUGCAGGUUAAUUUAUUUUAUUUUUUAUUAUAUAUUUUUUUCUUUUUCUUUUUUUUUUCUGUGCCCAGCAUCUGCACUGCUCCUGCUUUUGUACAAAUCUGUUCAUGUCUGUAAAUGCAUUAGGAGAACAGGGCCGGAUGUGCUUUCCUGUCCACUUCUCUUUUGAUACCCGGUAAUGACUGAAAAUUGUGUUAUGUUGGAGUCUGGUUCUGUUUUUUACAGCAAUGAAAAAUAGAAUAUUUACUUACAGAUUAAGGAAUGAUAAACAAUUGGCUCCUUAAAGAUGGAAAUUAAAUGGUUAAAUACAAA